CGCUGUAGUGCGACGCAUCUGUGCCGUGGUACAGGUGAUGUGGAUGAGGUGAACUAUCCCUCGGCGGCCGCUCCAUUCGGAUAAAUGCCCCUGGGUCCGGCACACACGCACCUUGCCUCCACUACUUCACAACCCACCCGACUCAGAGCCCAGUUAGACAGCAGCUCCCAGUCCGGGCUGGUCUAAAGGGUGACUUCGGGCUGAUGUUUCAGGAGCGGGAGGCGAAUGAAGCCUCUCCGGUCUUCAGCCAGCGUUACCCGUCAUUUCAGAAGUCACUUUAAUGCUUCCAUCACCAGUCGAGUCGCCUCUUCCUCUCCCAAUUCUAUUGAAGGCUCAGGAUGAACAGUAAUUACUCCAGGGCUCUGAUAGACAGCAGGGCAGUGGGUGCUGCUAACUAUAUGCAGCUGGGCGUUCCCCUAGCGCCCGACCCGUCCACACAUCUCAGUCAGCAUCUCCCUCACGGCGACAGUUUGGGACACGUCCCAUUCCUGGUCUACCCGGCCAACUUGGAGGCCACCUACUAUGACACUUACGGCAGCGUGUUCCCCUACGUGCCCUUCCACGGACACUUCGGCGUUUACGACUGCCCCUUCGAGCCAGCCUUCAUCCAGAAGAGGAACGAGAGGGAGAGGCAGAGGGUGAAGUGCGUGAACGAGGGCUACGCCAGACUCCGCGACCACCUGCCGGGCCCGCUGUCCGAGAAGCGCCUCAGUAAAGUGGAGACGCUGCGAGCAGCCGUCAGGUACAUCAAGUACCUGCAGGACUUACUCAACCGCGACCAGGCCAGCCCCCCGCACCUCACACAGGACUCACAGAGGGACAGGAAGGCUCAGAGGUCUCCCGUCUCCAGCCACGACCCCCACAGCGAUGGGGAAUCCAAACACUCUCAUCCCUACCGCGAGCCAGAGGCCAGGAGCACUGACAGAGCCGAUCACAGCUGAUGUACAAUCUACAACUGGACAUAGAACCUACGACCAGAGCAAUAGCCCUGAUCACAGCCCAGUGUUUUAUUACGAAGGAUCACCAUUUUAAUAAAUA